UGCUGCUGAGUGUGAUCUGACCAAUGCACCGGCCUGCAAACCUCGCUGCAUGGACCCUGGGACUUUCGCGAGCGCCGGGGAGCUGGAUGAAAGCACCAAGAGCAUGGAGGAGCUCAUGGGGGCGGGCAGUUUUGCUGCAAGCCAGUGCAGGAAUCUGGUGGGUCACUCUGCCUUAGGAGGGCCCCCUCCUCCUGCCUUGAUGCAGGGCUCUACCUACUCCACCCUGGAUGUUCCCGGUGCAGGCCCCGGGGAGCCCUCCAAGCAAUGCAUUCCGUGCCCUGCUAUCCCCCAAAGUUCCUCCACCACCCCGCCUUUACCUUAUGGAUAUUUCGGCAGCGGUUAUUAUUCUUGCCGGGUUGCCAGGAGCGCCCUCAAACCUUGCCCCCAGUCCAGCUACUCUGCGGAUAAAUAUAUGGACACCCCAGCGGCGGCUGAUGACUACCAGACCCGACCGACAGAGUUGGCUUUCUACCCCGGCUACGCAGGCCCGUACCAGCCCAGGGCUAGCUACCUGGACGUUUCUGUAGUUCAGACCAUAGGUGGGCCGGGAGAGCCCAGGCAUGAAACACUUUUACCCGUGGACAGUUACCACCAGCCGUGGGCUUUAACCGGCGGUUGGAACAGCCAGAUGUGUUGCCCCAAAGAUCAAAGCCAGGCUGGGCACUUCUGGAAAUCUGCCUUUGCAGAUGUGGGCCAGCCGCCGCCGGACGCCUGUUCCUUCCGCCGGGGUCGCAAGAAGCGGAUUCCCUACACCAAGGGGCAGCUGAAGGAGCUGGAGAAGGAAUACGCCAGCAGCAAAUUCAUCACCAAGGACAAGAGGAGGAAGAUCGCCGCCGCCACCAGCCUCACGGAGAGACAGAUCACCAUUUGGUUUCAGAACAGGAGGGUGAAAGAGAAGAAAGUGGUGGCCAAAAUCAAAACCAGCAGUACCCCGUGAAGUAACAAGGACAACAACACUACCAUAACAACACAACCACCCCGGCUCCCCUUUUGGAUCUGUGUGGACCUGAGAUGUAAAGAAAAAACAAUGGGAGGGGGGGGAUCAUCACCUGGACAUUUGACUUAUCUGCACACACACACACCCCAGCUCCCUCCCAGUGAAUCCAGGCGAAAGACGCGCUUGUUGCUUGUUGCUGAUUCUUUAAUAAGUUAAACCCGUCUGUAAAUGCCGAUGAUUUAGGAAGCUGCGACGUGACCCCGUCUGGCUGUAACGGAGUGUGUGCGGUUUACCGGUUUG